AUGUCCCCAAAACCCCGCGUCAUAACACCCAACACUACACCACACCCGCGAGCCCAUCCGCACCCGCAUCCCCGUCAACCAAUUGAUAUCAGACAGACUAGGGAAUAUAAGACUGCUGCGAGACGAUGGACGUCGACGAUCGUGGCGCUGCCGAUUUUCCUGGUUACGUCUUAUGUGCUUUGGGAUCGGACGUAUGGGAGUAAGAAGACGGAGAAGACAGUUCGGUCUGGGGAGGGUCGGGAGUGA